AUGGAAUUGGACGAUUGCAUCACGAAAGAUUGUUCUACUAUUUAUCGUUUUCAAUUUGCAAGUAUCGCUUUUAUAUGUGGUGUUUAUCUCCCAUUUACAUUUCAUUCCAAUAUAUGGUCACUUUACACACAACCAUUUAAACCUAUUAAUUGUACAACAAUAAAUAAUAUAACAACAAGACUAUUACCAGUUAUAUCAAUAAAAACUCAGAAUCGAUCUGAAUGUUGUGGAUGCAAUGGAUUAUUUAACGGAAGUAUCAGUGAUAAACGUUUAUUAAAACUUUGUCAAGAAUGGAUGGGAAGUUUAAAUGAUGUAGACGUGCGAAAAGCAACUAUUAUAGAUGAAUGGCAUUUAGCAUGUGGAAGAGAGAAUCGUAAAAAUCUCAUGUUAGGUUCAAUCUCAUUUUUAAUUGCCGAAAUCAUUGGUGUUAUCAUUAUUGGCAUUUUAGCUGAUCAAUACGGAAGAAAACUAAUGCUUCUCAUGUGCCUUUAUAUUCCGAUGCUUUUCGGAUCCUUAGCUGCGUUUACAACUACUUAUUCUUUAUUUAUUAUUCUUCGUUGUCCUGUCGGAUUUUUAAAUAAAGGUCUGCUAUUACUUGGUUUUAUUAUGGUUAUUGAAUCAUGUGAAUAUAAACAUCGAGCACAAAUUGGUUGUCUUCUUCUUGCAUCUAUACCCAUCUUUGGAAUUAUUAUUGGUGUUAGUUAUUUUUUCUUAUUAGAUUGGCGACAUAUGCAAUUAUUAGGUACAUUAAUCACAACUGUAACUCUUUGUUAUCCAUGGUUAAUACCGGAAUCUCGUCGAUGGUAUGUAAAUAGUCAUCGUGUAUCACGUGUUAAUAAACUUUUACAACUAUGUUCGACAAAACAAUCAACAUCAAUAGGUUUAAAUAAAGUGGGUUCACCAGCACCAACUACAGUUAUUUAUGAUAAACCAAUUGUAUCACAAGAAUCAUUACAUAAUCAAACAGGUUCAAUAUUUUGUUUAAUUAUUGAACAACAAUUACGUACAAUAACUUGUUGUUUAUUUAUACUUUGGUUUAUUUCAUCAUUUUGUUAUCGAUGUACAUUUUUUCCACCGAUUUUACCACAUCCAACUAUAAAUUAUGUUUUAAUGAAUUCAAUUGAAUUUUUUUCUUUUAUUAUCGCCCUCAUCGCUGCAUAUAAAAUUGGACGUCGACCUCUAUUAGCUGUACUUACAUUAAUCAGUGGUCUGUCUUCGGUUUCUUUAGCUAUUACAUUACUCGGAACAGGUCAUAUUUGGUUAGAAAUAACAUUUUCUCUUCUUGCUCGAAGUUGUUUACGAACUUGUUAUUGUCUUCUAAUUUUAUUUACAUCGGAACUUUAUCCAACAUCAGUUCGAGCAACAGGUUUAGCGAUUGGAUUAACAGGUGAAGGAAUAGCAAAAAUUCUUGUAGAAAUUCUUCUCUACUUUUUCAUUGAUCGAACAUUACUUCUAUUUAUAUCUGGUGGUAUGUUAUGUUUUAGUUGUUGUUUAAUAUUUCCAUUACCUGAAACAAUUCUUUAUGAUCUACCUGAUUCACUUACUGAUUUACAAUCAAUGGGACGUUCAAUAUCAAAUGCUAGUGUUGAUAAUAUGUCACCAUCACCUCAACAUCGUCAUAUAAUCGAUUCAAAUACAAUUACACUUACACAAGAUCCACGAACAAAUACAUCAAAUCUGAAUGAUUUAUCAUCACCACCAUAUUCGAAACCAAUUUUAAGAUCAUCACAACAAGCUGCAACUAAUAAUAAUGAUAAAACAGUGACAAUACAUUCUCAACCAGAAAUUAUUCAAUUACAAUCCAAUACAUCACCAUUAAAUGCACUUUCAAAUCCUUGUUAUUUUGCUUCAUUAAAUAAUACGAAUGAUCAAUAUGAUAUUGAACAACAUAUGGAUAAUAAAGUCGUGAUCAGUAUUCGUGGAGGACAAAAUAACAUCAAUGAUAAUAACAAUAAUAAUAAUAAUAAUAACAAUAAUAAUAGCGAAGAUUACGAAAUAGAAAUUACGAAAUUUUAA